AUGAAGACCCUCUCUCUUCUCAUCGCCAUUCCUGCCCUCGUUAGCGCUGCAAAGUGCAAUGCAGACAACUGCGCUCGUGCCCUGACCGGCACCGUGGAUGGCCCUGCGCGUGCCUCCUCUCGCAUCAACACGGACUGUUCGAGCUUCCAACUGACGACGGUCUACCCUGCUGCCACUACGAUUACCACAACUUCGGGCAGCGUUUUCACCACCAUUGUCCCUGAUACAGCCGGCCUGACCAUCGCCCCAUCUUACUUGCCAUCCUACGCGAACGCAGCGUGCACCCCUAGCGGCAUCGCCUCUGCGAGAUUUGCCUCUGCUUGCUCUUGUGCAGGUGUUUCAGCUGCAACAACCACCGCUGCGACUCCUACCGCUACUGUCGUCGUUCCUGUAUUCACCUGCAACAACCCUCUGAAUGCCAAUACCGGCGCGAACAUCGGGACAAACACCUGUUCGCGCGGCGCCUCGGACGCUUGCACCUACUAUUGCGACCAAGACAUCUCGGGUGGUGGCGUCUGCGUCCAGAACGCGGGCUGUGGCCCGAGCUGUAGCUCCGACAGUGAUUGCGGCUCUGGCAAUGUCUGCGUUACCAACACCUUCUGUGGAUACAGCAACUGCGUAUCUGCUAGUGCUUGUGGUGGACAACGCCGCAGAGGUCUGCAGAAGAAGUCCGCAGACCUUACCAAUAAUAUCCCUCCAAGCUCCUGA